UAGUUGUGUAUUUAUUUGGUUUUGUGUUUCAUUUGUCCUUCCCUGUGCCUUUGUUGAUACCGGACUUCUGCAAUGCAUCCACAUAUGUCAUAAAUGAUAUAUACUCCAGUUAACUGGUAUAACUCAUAAUCCUGUUGUCUGUCCGUGAGCUCCCUCUGUUGCUCUGACAGUGCAAACGCAGCUUGAUUUUGGCCUCAGUGCUCGAGGUCCGAGGCUGUUGGUCCCGUCCGGCCCGACAGUUAGAAAUGUGGCUAAUGUCUCCCAAAAGAAAGAAGACUUUCUGAACUGCUGAAACGAGCCAUCAGUAAUUCAGGCCACAUCUAUAUAUCUGCGUACACAUGAAACUACUGAAACAGACUCAAAAAGAUGUAGUAUACAUGCCAGAUCAGUAUGUGGCGCUGUAAUUCUGCCACAGAGAUGCACUAAAAAUAGAGAAGAAGACUAGGAGCAUGUGCUGUAUACAAACUUUAGUAAAGCUAAUAGGCUCGGUAGCUUCUGCGGCACGAACACAAGCAUGUAGUCCACUAUUGUGGUUGUGGUUGUUGUUGCUGUUACGUGACGUAGCGGUGUCUGACUAGGGUCGAGACGUGGGGUGAUGACAUCAUCGUUUCACUAAAUAUAUUGGCUGUACACACGAAAACACAAGGAUGUCGUUUUCAGAUUUAUCCAGUCUGGGACCCGGUUUAAAUAAAUAGCGGUUUCAAGCUUCCAAAGCGCCGGAUCCGUCUGGACGAAAUGGCGAUACGAUACAAUUUUUUUUUGCCUAUACAGCUAAACGCGUCUCCGGGUGGACGGACUCUCAGUCUCACUUCCUGCUUGUGGGACUCUCAGCAAAGAUUAAGAAGGACAAGACCUGACAAAAUGUUGAUCAUGGCGAACACCACAAACAGGCAACAUAACACCAAGAUCAAAUCUCAUAUGACUUCCAAAAAUGGACAAAAGGAGAGGCGACAAAGACCAAACAGCAAUGGUGCAAAAGAGAGUGGUGGCAGGGGUAGAAGUUCAAGUGUAAGGCCUGUAAAGGUGCAGAGAGAAGACUCUUCAGAGCGCAGAACCCAAGACGAGGGCUGUACACCGCGAAGUAAACCUGGAGACGAGGACAGCGCCAGUGACCUCUCUGAUUCUGAAAGAUAUUCUGCGUUUCCCACUCAAAUUUCUCCGCCUGACCUCAACCUGCGUGCAGAGGUCAUAGACCCGUCUGACUUUCAUCCCUCCAGACCUGCUUGUCGAGGGCAGGACAGGUUCAGAGGAAGCUAUCCAGAUUUCCUGCCGCCUCCUUUCAAUUCUUGGAGUCUCAAACAGUUAGCGGUGUACUUGAACACCGACGGCAAGAGCACUCCUCGGCCCAAGCCCGUCGGGCAGCUCGAGAGAUACUUGGACCGGCUAUUGCAGAUGGAAUGGCAUCAGAUCAAAAGUGUCCAAGAAGACAGCAGCAAAUCCAAUGCCCCAGUACCUAAAGGUCGCCGCUUACCUCAUUCAUCUUCUCAUCUCAGCCUCAGCUCUCCUAAAUGUAUCCUCCAGUGUCAGCGCGCGUUCCCUUUGACGCUCCUGUCCUCUUUGGCCAGUGCUCCCGCCCUUCAGCUUUCAAGCUGUACCUGUCCACAUUGCCAGAAUCAGUAUGCCGUCUUGAACGGAUCGUGCCGCUCUUAUGCCUACCAUCACCACACACGGUUGAGUCCACUCCUGGAGAAGAAGCGCCAGGCCUCAGGUUUGCCUAAACGGAGCAGCAGCGAGAGCAGGGCUAAUCAGCUGGAACCCAGACUCAGAUCCCGCGAGCACAGACUCAGCGACCCUCUGAGCGAGAGCAGACACUUGAGGCGCAUGCAGGCUGUCGGGAACAUUCGCAAUCCUGCUGCUUCCACAUACAGCUCGGACCAAGCUUCUACUGCAGCUACAACUGACAGUAUCGGUGAUGUGAAAAAGAGGAGUCGUUCCUGUGUGGGCGUGAGCGAGGCUGGCUUUAGGGCACGAGGACGCAGCGAACAAGGGAAGAGCUCAGAUAAAACACAGCAGGACUCAGAACUGUCUUGUGCUGUAUGUUCAGAUGGGUUACAAAGAUCGAAAGACUCUGCAACUAGUCGACUGACCCGGAAGCAGAAACACGUUGAAUUUGUCACAAAGUAACUUCAAUACAGUGACCUGGAAAACUUACUGUAAAAUGAAUGAAUUUCAUUGAUAAAAGAAUAUCAAGCCAAGUUACGAGAAAUUUGUGCAGUGACAUUUACAGUGUGCAACAGAUCCCUGUUAUUUUAGUGAAUGUAUGAAGUCAGUUCAUCACAUGAUGUUACACUAACGUUUUGCAAAGUUGUCUUCAUUUUCAACAGUAUUGAUUUAUCAUUUGAAAUCUUAUAGUGAAGUUCAAGCAUACAUACAGGCAAAAUGGUUUGUAAACAAAUUCAUAAGGAAAAAAAUAUAUAUAAACAAUAAAUCAGCUACUUAUUGGAUUCCAAGUGAUCAAGGGCUUAGGGUGUUCCAUUUAAACACAUUUCAAGGGUUCCGCCAGUAGUGGGCGCUCGUGCAACGUAAGCAAUGACGUACAUCCGAGUGAACGAGACGGAGGGAAGUUAGCGAGAAAAAGGCAUAAAAAAGUGGACUUAAAUACAGCCACGUUCUUUUCUGUGUAUAAAUACGAAUAACCGACGCAAUUAUUAGUAAAUGAGACCCAAUCUUUUUAGUGGUUUAAAGGUCCGUUCGCGCUAAGAAUGCUAAUGCUAAUGAAAAACAAAGAUAUCAUUUAAAAAAAACAUUGUAAAUAUGAAAGAUUAGCAGAGUUCACACCACAACUAUAACGACACAGAGGAACGAUAUCGUUGGAAUCGAUUUCAGAAUGAUUUGUUUCCAGCUGAUGAACGAUAAAAACAUUGACAGCCAAUCAGAAUCCAUCCUGCUUUAAAGAGCUCGAGCAUUUAACUUUAUAGUUAUCAUCUUUAACUUUAUAGUUAUCAUUCUUGGUGUGAACGGGCCUUUAAGCCUCUUCAGUUCAGCACAACCAUUUUGCCUGUUUAUGACUGCAUUAUUUUAAAAAUGAAGUUUAAGUUGUGUUUCAGUAGAACUCUAUGCAUGUUUAUUUGUUUAAAUUCUUAUUUUUAGUAACUGUUCUUUUAUUGUUUGUAAUAGCAGUAUAUCUACAUUAAUAUCUCUGAAGCAUCUUUUAUCAGCGCUUAAAUAAAAAUAAACAAUGUUUUUUUUUUCAGCAAUACUUAUACGUCACAGAUGAUUCAGUUACAGCAGUGUAUGUAAUGUUCAGUUUCUUAACAAUGGUUAACCACUCGCAGAAGAUGACCAGAGAUUACAGUCACAAAUGACGUGCUGUAGAUGAAACUUCACGUGUCUGCGCACCAUACCCCAACUCGACUGUCCCAGUGAGCAAAAGCAGUCAUCUUACAUUGUAUAACUUAUUAAUUUUCCUAUUCUGUGUCUGAUUCAAAAGGUCAAUGUGAUGACUAUAAAUAAAAUAUGCUUGUAAAGCUCUUUA